AUGGACACUGGCAGCGAGCCUGUGGCCAGAAGGGACUACAAGUCCGAGCUGGACCCACUGCUGGUCCGCUCCAAGCUCACAGGUCGCGGCCCCCUAACCCCAGGGUGGCAGAAGAGGGAGCGGCCUCUCAUGUGUGCAUACAAGGUGGUGCGAGCCCAGGCGGAGUAUUGGGGUGUGCAGAACAGUGCAGAGCGGCUGCUCAUCAACUCGCUCAGGCAGGCGGAGUACUGGGGUGUGCAGAACAGUGCAGAGCGGCUGCUCAUCAACUCGCUCAGGCAGAUAUUCCUGCGAGCGCACAAGAACUGCUUUGGCCUCGUAGACUACUGGUUCGCCCCAGCCCUCUCCCACACGCUCUCUCUUCCCCACACUCUUGCUUCCUCACCCUGUCUGCCCACACGCUCUCUCUUCCCCACACUCUUGCUUCCUCUCCUCACCCUGUCUGCCCCUCUCUCUUCCUCACCCUGUCUGCCCCUCUCUCUUCCUCACCCUGUCUGCCCCUCUCUCUUCAUCAUUGCAAUCACCGACAAGAACAAGCCUCAGGUCCCCGUCCCAAAGCCCCUCCCUCCUCCCGAACCUGCUGCCGAGCCUGUUCCAGAACCUGCCUCCGAACCUGAAGGUCGUAGCAAGAGGGACGGGUUGAUAGCGGGCGGUGUGGAAGAGGGGAGGGAGGGGAGGAGGGAUGGGAUGCUGACAAGAGGGAGUGAGAGUGAGGGAGGUGAGGGGGAGGGGGAAGGGGAGGAGACGGAGGAGGAAUCAGAGGAGGAGGAUGAGGAGUGGGAUGAUGAAGUGGAGUUCUACGAAGCACAGAUGCAGUGGGCGGCCGAGGAAGAACUCUUCGGAGAGAAGAUGCUUUCAGACCUGGGUCAUCCGCUCUCCCUCUGCUUGGAGCAGCCCCCGCCCCUCUGCCCCCUCUGCUGUGCGCGCACACACCACCAGGGCGGGCAGCUGGAGGGGAGAGAGAGGUCGGCGGAAGCUGGCAGGGCAGUGCAAGAGUGUGCGCCGGCUGUGUUCUGUGUGUCGUGUGGCGAGUUCUUCUGCCACCGCUGCUUUCACGAGUUCCACAUCACGCCUCGCUUGCAGCAGCAUGCCACACACCCCAUCGCUUCUUCCCAGACGAUUCCUCCUGCCGCCCCUGCUGACGCACAGAAUGGCUACUCUCUCCACUCAAUCAGAACCUGCCACGUGGCAGCACAGACACUGUCCCCACGCCCCCUACCACCACCAGUCACCGCAUUGCACCCAGCGGCACCAGCACAACCACAAGGCAAGGGAGGGGGAGAGGGAGGAGAGGGAGGGCAUGAUGCUAGCGGCUCGAGAGGUGAGAGCGGAGGAGAGGAGGACGAGAGGGAGAGGAGGGAGGGAGGAGAGGGAGAGGAGAGGGGAGGAGAGGAGGAGCAAGGAGUGGAGGGGGAAGGGCAGCCUACUGGGGAGAGAUGGGGUCGCAGGGGGAGUUGGCGUAUGGGGAGAGGGGGAGAAGGGGGAAGAGGGUUUGUCGGAGGAGGGGGGAAGGGGAGCAGGCCAUCCGUCUCUGCCCGGCACUCUGACUCCGCCCUGGCUCACAUUGACCCUCCCACCCCUCUCUCCACCUCUCACCCUCCCUUGCCUUCUUCCAACAUAUCCUCUCAGCAGCCGCAGCGGCAGCAGCAGCAGCAGCAGCCAGGCACCCAUUUGAACGCUCACCGCGCCUUCUCCUGGAUGGGUCCUAGAGUCUUCUCCCGCUCCGCCUCCUCCCCCACCCUCUCUCACACUCACUCACACACCACUGCUGCCCCACACUCGUCCGCUGCUUCUCUCACUUCCACUCUCUCUGCUGCCGCUACCAAUUCCCCUGGUCCUCUGUUGCCAGUCUUCCUGGCAGCAUUGCAAGCUCAGCAGCGGCUGUUGCUGGCGUUGCUCCUGAUUUGCCUGAAGAUGAUGUUGUGUGCUGGUGACUCAGCACCUGGGGUUGCUGAUGUGACUAGCUGCUGGCAGGACAUGCAGCCACAGCAGCUGGGGCACUCGGAGCGACUGGCCUUCUGGAUCAACGUGUACAAUGCACUAGCCAUGCAUGGCGUAUCUGGUGUAAUGGCCAGCCACGCAGCCAUACAAGCGAGUCAUGUUCAUGCACAAGGUUUGACUCCUCUCUCCCCUCCCCUCACUCCCCCCCUCUCACUCCCUCCUCCUCUCUCCUCUCCCUUUUCCUCCCCUCACUCCCCACCCCUUAUUCCCCUCCACUCCCCUCCCCUCACAUCACUCCCCUUCUUUCCUGCUGUGACACAGCCCCCACGCCUGCGCUCCCAUCACUGUCCCUGCCCCCCUUGCCCCCUCCCCUCCUCCCCCUCCCUUCAAAAUCCCACACAAAAAUGCUCACACACGCACGAAAGUAUCCACUACCACCCUGCUUUUCCCCCUUUUCCAGGCGGGUCUGCUGCCAGUGCAGCGCUACAGGCGGGGGGACGUGCGUGGCGCUACAGCCUGGCUCUGCACCCUCGUCACACCUCCUUCCCUUCCCCACCGUCCACCCUCUCAACAUUCUCCUCUCAGGCGGGUCUGCUUGCCAGUGCAGCGCUACAGGCGGGGGGGACGUGCGUGGCGCUACAGCCUGGCUCUGCACCCAUCGUCACACCUCCUUCCCUUUCCCCACCGUCCACCCUCUCAACAUUCUCCUCACAGGCGGGUCUGCUGCCAGUGCAGCGCUACAGGCGGGGGGACGUGCGCUACAGCCUGGCUCUGGACCGGCCCGAGCCUCUCGUCACUUUGCUCUCAGCUGUGGCUGCGCCUUCCGCUCCCCCUGUAAGCCUCGCCUCCCUCUGGCCUCCUCACUCUCACCCCCCCUCUCCAUUCCCUCCCUCCUCUCCCCUUUUUACAUGUGCUGUUUCUGCCCUGGCAUUUACACAUUCGCACAUUACUUGCCACUGUGCUAUCACACCCUCACCCUGA